CUUUCUAGGGUUUCAAUUGAGUUCCUUAUUAUGGUGUGAUGAAAUCGACAGGCAUUUUAUUUCAGAUAAAAGAAGAAUUGUUGUAGAAAAUCAGCUUCAAGAUAAAAGCUUUAUACCGCCGCGACGGCAACCCAGGUAAGAAGAAGGUCCAUCAUAUGUUUUGGUGAAGUUUCGCCGGUCGUUCAGAUGUCAGAUAUUUCAUCAUGAUUUCGGCUGUUUUGCGACAUCAAUUCCUCCCCAGACUCCUUAGUGUGUCGAGGAUCUCCACCACUCGCAGGAACAAUGGUUUCAUAGUAUUGGUUCCAGAAAUAGGCGAGAAUGGCGAUGGAUCCAGUAACCUCUCAAAGCCGGACGGUUUGCCAGAAUUCACCCAUAUAACCGUGGAAAAGUGCUUAGCCGCGAUAGGGACAGAAGCUAGGUCCGUCGAGAAACUGGUGGAGGAAACCGAACAACUUGUGCAAUCCAAGGACCAGCUCAAUGUCUACGCCGACAUCCUGGAUCCAUUCGAACAUGCGAUCAAGGAUCUGGAAACGACAUGGGGUGUCGCAAAGGCACUCUACCUAGGAAGCAGCACGUUGAUGCCUACCACGUACUAUUUGAACAUCCACGAACGAGCGCAGAGAGCACGAGCGGCUCGAUUCAACAGCAAACCCAUAUUCGACUGCUUGUCCACCGCAGACCCAAAGUCUGUCGAAGCUGGAUCUCCAGAAGGCAAACAACUAGUCAAGAAAUACCUGCUAGAAGGACGACUGAAUGGCAUCACUCUGCAGCCAGACGAAAGGUUAAACCUAACGCAAACCUUAACCGAACUGAACAAAGAGAAGUCAACAUACCGCAGCAAAGUGGAAACCGCAAUAAAACAAUUCUCGCACGUCAUCAAGGACUACAGUCUGGUUCGAGCCUUCCCACCCACCCUACUCGAGGCAAUCGCAGUCAACGACGAAGAACCGACCAAAGGCCCCUGGAAAGUCACUCUUCAACCAGAUAUCGUCAAGGGAGUCCUAGAGUACUGUCCAGAUCGAGUUGAACGAUGGAACGUGUGGCAAGCAGACGUCCGCAAGGCAUCCAGCCAUACAGAAAAAUCCUUGGCCACUAGCACGCACCUCGAAAACAUUCGCUCACUUCGCAAACGUCAAGCAAACUUGCUAGGAUUCCCGGAUUUCGCAACAAUGUCCAUGGAGACUAAAAUGGCCAAAGACGUCCCAUAUGUCCGAGAAAUACUCAACAGUCUGCUGAGCUAUGCAUUCCCGGCGCAGGUUCAGGAAGUGGAAACCUUACAAAAGUUCGCAGACGAGAGUAACUUCGGCCACAAACUGGAGCUUUGUGACAUCCUUUAUUGGAAGCGUAAACACCUCAAUGCCGUUUAUAAUUACGACGAGGAACGGAUUAGAGAGUACUUCCCACUUCCACGGGUCAUUACAGGUAUCUUUCAUCUUCUGGAAAAGUUGUUCCACGUGACAAUUGUUGAGAGGGAGAAUGUGGAGGCGUGGCACCCGUCUGUGAAAUACUACGACGUAUUCAACGAAGGGAACCAAUCCGAACUGCUUGGAGGCUUCUACUUAGAUUGCUACUCUCAAAAGGGACGCCGGGGUAAAGAAGGGUGGAUGGUUGCAAUCCGGAACCGUAGCGAUGUUACACAAACCAAACCUCUCUGCUCACUCGUUUUCAAUUUCCCCACUCCCGUCUACGGAAAGCCAUCGUUGCUGUCCAUUGACGACAUGGGCACGAUAUUCCGGAACUUUGGUAAGUGCAUGCAGCACAUCCUCACCCAAGUCAGGUACAGCGAUUUGGCUGGUCUAUCAAACAUCGAAUGGGAUGCCGCAGAAGUGUGCGGCAAAGUCAUGGAAUUUUUCUUGAAAGAUCCAAAUGUCCUCGUAAACUUGUCCGGUCACUACAGCACGGAAGAAGAAAUCCCUGCCGAGCUGCUGGACAGCAUAAAGAUCUACCAAAACUACAUGGCUGGCUACGAUCUCUGCAAAGAGCUAUACAUUGCAAAUCUCGACCUUGAGCUGCACUCAUCCAACGACUUCUGGCAGGAUAUCGUGCGGAAACUAUGGCCCAACUAUAUCAACUUCGAAUUGGACAAAAAAGACUCGCAUCCGUGCUCUAUGGUGAAUAUUUUUGCUGGUGAGUGGGGGGCCGCUUACUUCAGCCAUAUUAUGUCGAAAAUCGUGGCGGCCGAUGUGUACAGCACAUUCGUAGAAAAUGGCCGAACAGAUGUCGGGCAGCGUUUGAAGAGUACGUUCUUUGCGUAUGGCGGAUCUGUUGGCACGGCGGAGAUAUUCAGGCGAUUUAGAGGACGAGACUUAUCGCCAGAUGCACUUAUUGGAACUUUGCAAUUGAAUCGUGUAAAUGAGAGAAGUUAGUUUUUUUUGUAUGGACAAGCGAUUAGGAUAUGUGAAUAGAGAAAAAGUUGGAAAAUAAAUUGUUUUUUUUCCU